AUGUCUUGGCAAGCGUACGUUGACACCAACUUGUUGGGAACUGGUCUAUUUGACAAUGCAGCGAUCCUAGGACAAGCCGGAGGCGUAUGGGCUACAUCCUCAGAUUUCAAUAUUGCGCCCGACGAGCAGAGUAAACUCGUCAACGGAUUCGAGGAUAACCCAACGAUCCAAGCAUCUGGAGUCAUCUUGGCCGGAACCAAAUAUUUGACCAUCCAUGCAGAUGAUCGAAGUGUUUACGGAAAGAAAGGAGGGGCUGGAUGUGUGUGUGUCAAAACCAAGCAAGCCGUUAUCGUAGCACUAUACAAGGCUGGUGUUCAACCAGGUGAAGCUACGAAGUGCACCGAAGCACUGGCCGAUUAUUUGAUUGCUUCAGGCUUCUAA